ACGCAUCAGGCUAGACCGCUAUGGCACCGUCCAGCGAUUUCUCUGGAGUUUGUGCAGCUGUGAAGUAGCUAUAACUCAGCUACGAGGUGGGAUGUCCGCUCACUGUUUCCAUGGCUGAAGGCUGAUGUUGGAAGCGAUGCGCCACCAUUGGCUGCUCCUCGGGGCUUGCGGCUGGGUGCUGCUCAUUCUCAUGUUCGUUAGCAAGUUCAUCAGCUUCAGAGCUGUAGAUGAUUAUGGAGAGAGAGCCGGUGGUCAGAGCUGGACAGUACCAGGCACCAAGGUGGUUAAACCCAUUCCUGUGUCCAGUCCAGAAAAACAAGUUCCAAAGCCAUCAGAUCAGUCUUCAGCAGCACCCACUGCGGGAGAGUGGCAGUCAGUGGCUGAGAAGCGAAUCGAGCUGCUCUCAACUGUGUGUAAGAACAGCAGCCUCAGGAAUUUGACUCAUGUCUCCAUCAGCAAGUUUGUCCUCGAUCGCAUCUUUGUCUGUGACAAACACAAGAUCUUGUUCUGCCAGACGCCUAAAGUAGGCAACACACAAUGGAAGAAGGUCCUCAUUGUGCUCAAUGGAGCUUUCUCCACAGUGGAGGAGAUUCCAGAAAACCUUGUUCAUGACCAUGAGAAAAAUGGCCUGCCUCGCCUCUCGUCACUCAGCCCACAGGAAAUAACUCACAGAUUGAACUCCUACUUCAAGUUUUUCAUUGUGAGAGAUCCUUUUGAGCGACUGAUCUCUGCAUUCAAGGACAAGUUUGUGAAGAACCCACGCUUCGAGCCUUGGUACAAACACGACAUCGCUCCAGCCAUUAUACGGAAAUACCGCAAGAGCCACCGCGACAGCGACCUCGCUGCCUCUGGUCUGCACUUUGAGGACUUUGUCCGUUAUCUGGGUGACGUUGAAGGCCGCCGGCGUAUGGACCGGCAGUUUGGUGAGCACAUCAUCCACUGGGUGACUUACGCAGAGUUGUGCGCGCCAUGUGAAAUACACUACAGCGUGGUUGGCCACCACGAGACGCUGGAGCAAGAUGCCCCCCACAUCCUCAGAGCUGCAGGCAUCGAUGAGAUGGUGUCCUAUCCGGCCAUCCCGCCAGGCAUCACUCGCUAUAACAGGACCAAGGUAGAGCACUACUUCUCAGGCAUCAGCAAGCGGGACAUCCGGCGUCUCUACGCACGUUACCAGGGCGACUUCGGCUUAUUUGGCUACCCAAGCCCAGACUUUCUACUGAACUAAAAUGAUUAACACUGAAUAAAAGACAUUUUCAUAUAAAAUCCUCAACAUCUUUUGGUUUACUAAGACAGAGGUGUAUUGUAGCUAACUGAACUGGCAGAGAGAGGCUGGUGUGCAGGAGAUGGCACACUGUCAUGUGUCUGUUCUUAUUUUAGCCACGUUUGUUGGAAUAACUGACAGGUUGUCGCUGUGUUGGCUGUAUGUGCAAUGAUUUACAAGUGCUACCUAAUAUUCACAUAUUUAACUGUUUUUUUGGAGGGAGGUGAUGUAACUGACAAGCUUGAUAGGAAGAAAGAUGAAGAGAUUCAGCAGUGGAAAGCUGCAGAAUUUAUCAUUCUGUUAAUAAAGAUCAAAUACAGGUACAAAACAAAUGGAGAACAUGUUACUUAACUUAUAUUUAAUGUUUGUCCAUAUGUUAAAGAGGCGUGCUCUAUAGUGCCGGGAUACAGGCCCAUAAUCCUGUAAUGUAGCUAUUAUAUUGCACUGUUUGGAUCAUGAUUCGUCCUGUUAGUGAAACCUAUUGACAGUGCAACAUGCGCUUCUCUUGCUAUAAUGCCAGAUGUAGACAAAGAUGCUUUUUUUGGACAAGGAUUGUGAAGGACAAGAAUACAACCUGAUUUGACAAUGAUAUUUUUCAUGAAUGUUUUUAUGAGCUACAGAGCUUUUCACAUUUGUAACCAUUAUUUUCUGCUUCAUGCAAGGCAUAUUAAUGCUUUGUGAGACAGUAAAUGACUCUUCGGAUAUUACGAAGUGGAAUCAAAAUGGUCCAAAAAGCCGCAGUCCACACUGUAGCGUUCUGGUUGCUCUGCCUUUAUCAAACCAGAAGAAAGGUAUCUACUUCUUCAGCUGUUGAUGCUACUGCGACGUCGAAGGAAACUGGCACUGUAUUUUAAAGGAUCAUUUUUCUAUCGGAAAUGUAAUGUGUAAAUGUUCUUAACAUGACUUGCAACUCAACAUUUGUAUUACAUGUUGCUAUUUAUAAUAUUAUUAACUUGCUGUCGAGUGGCACAAACGGUGUCCCAGCUGUAAGACAGUACUGCCUCCCUGCAACCACUUGGUGGUUGCGUUACAAGGUCAAAUCUAGUUCGUAAUAAAGUUACAUGUCAGUUACUGUA